AUGUCUUGCAUCAUUCUGCCAUUGUUCAGUUAUGAUGAGCCUAACACGCUGUGGAAUCGCCAAACAAUGGUCCACUUGUUUGAGUGGAAAUGGACGGAUAUAGCAGAGGAAUGUGAGAACUUCUUACAGUACUACGGAUAUGGUGCUGUACAGAUUUCUCCGCCUAAUGAGCAUAUAAUGAUGAAUAAGGACAAUGAUAUGCCAUGGUGGGUUAGAUAUCAACCAGUCAGUUACAAGCUCAUUUCGCGCAGUGGAAACGAAGACCAGUUCAAAGAUAUGGUCAAGAGAUGCAACAGAGUUGGUGUAAGAAUCAUUGCCGACGUAGUCAUGAAUCACAUGGUGGGUGUUGGCCAGAGAGCAGGUGCCUAUGGAAGAGGUGGUAGUGGAGGAUCGUUCUUUGAUGGAACUGACGGAGUCGAGAACUUUUCUUCUGUAUCCUAUUCGAAAUCUGACUUCAAUGACUACAAGUGCCAUGCAGACAUUGCAGGAAGCGACUAUGGAAAUAAUGCCAACAAUUAUUUCGCGAUACAGGUUAGAAACUGCCGACUUGUUGGACUGCUUGAUCUGGAUCAGAGCAAUCCACACGUAAGAGGAAAACUUAUCGGAUACCUGAACCACCUUAUUGACCUUGGAGUAGCCGGAUUCAGAUUUGAUGCUUCAAAACACAUGUGGCCUGCUGACCUAGAAGAAAUCCAAGAAGGAACGAAGAACUUGAGAGAAGAUGUAAGUUUCUUUUUUUGGACAUCCGAAUGA